ACUUCCGCGCAAAGGAUUGUGGGAGUCCAACAUCAUUGCGGUGCCGUGUGAUAGUUUCUGAUCAUAUUCACUCCAUUUAAUCAUCGGAAAACGUUUUUAAGAAUGUCGUUCCUCUCAGCUCGUCUAGCUACUACGGUGGCAAGACGUCUGCCAAACAAUGUUGCACAGGUUGCUGGAGUUGCCUUCCCCGCCACAUCGGUAGCUGCCCGAAAACUUCACGUUACUGCAAACAAUCGCGGUGCUGAAAUUUCCUCCAUUCUAGAGGAGCGCAUCCUAGGAGCCGCCCCUAAAGCUGAUCUUGAUGAAACCGGCCGCGUACUCAGUAUUGGUGAUGGUAUUGCUCGUGUUUACGGUCUCAAAAACAUUCAAGCAGAUGAGAUGGUUGAAUUCUCUUCUGGGCUUAAGGGUAUGGCUUUGAACUUGGAACCCGACAACGUUGGUGUCGUAGUCUUUGGUAAUGACAAGCUUAUCAAGGAAGGAGACAUUGUCAAACGUACAGGAGCCAUUGUAGAUGUCCCUGUAGGUGACGAAAUUUUGGGACGUGUCGUAGAUGCGUUAGGCAAUGCCAUUGAUGGCAAAGGCCCCAUCAACACCAAACAACGUUUCCGAGUGGGAAUUAAGGCACCUGGUAUCAUCCCUCGUAUUUCUGUGAGGGAACCUAUGCAGACAGGCAUCAAGGCCGUAGACUCUCUUGUACCCAUUGGGCGUGGUCAGCGUGAAUUGAUCAUUGGCGAUCGUCAGACUGGCAAAACUGCACUUGCAAUUGAUACCAUCAUCAACCAGAAGCGAUUUAACGACGCCGACGAUGAGAAAAAGAAGCUGUAUUGUAUUUACGUCGCUAUUGGCCAGAAGAGGUCAACUGUUGCCCAGAUUUUGAAAAGAUUAACUGACACUGGGGCUAUUAAUUAUACCAUCAUUGUGUCCGCCACUGCUUCAGAUGCUGCCCCAUUACAGUAUCUCGCUCCUUACUCUGGCUGUGCCAUGGGUGAAUACUUCAGAGAUAAUGGGAAACACGCUCUUAUCAUUUACGACGAUUUGUCCAAACAGGCUGUUGCCUAUCGUCAGAUGUCUCUGCUGCUGCGACGUCCCCCAGGUCGUGAAGCUUACCCAGGAGACGUCUUCUACUUGCACUCUCGUCUUCUCGAGCGUGCCGCCAAGAUGUCAGAUGCUCACGGAGGUGGAUCUUUGACCGCCUUGCCUGUCAUUGAGACGCAAGCUGGUGACGUAUCCGCGUACAUUCCUACCAACGUCAUCUCCAUUACUGACGGACAGAUCUUCUUGGAGACUGAAUUGUUCUACAAAGGUAUUCGUCCCGCCAUCAACGUCGGUCUGUCGGUAUCCCGUGUAGGUUCAGCCGCCCAAACUAAAGCCAUGAAACAAGUCGCCGGCUCCAUGAAGUUGGAAUUGGCCCAAUACCGAGAAGUCGCAGCUUUUGCCCAGUUUGGUUCAGACUUGGACGCUGCCACUCAACAACUUUUGAAUCGCGGUGUGCGAUUGACUGAAUUAUUAAAACAAGGACAGUAUGUACCAAUGGCUAUUGAAGAGCAAGUAGCUGUUAUUUAUUGUGGUGUAAGAGGACAUCUUGAUAAGUUGGAUCCUUCAAAGAUCACCGUGUUUGAAAAGGAAUUCUCUCAACACGUUAAGACAAACCACCAAGCUGUUUUACAGAGUAUCGCUAAGGAGGGUAAAAUCACAGACGAAACAGAUGCCCAGUUAAAGAAAAUCGUAGCUGAUUUUAUUUCAACAUUCUCUGGUUAAAUUAAUGUAAAUUAAAAUCAUUUAUUUUUAGUUGAUCAAAUUCAUAAGUUCAGCUAAAAGUAAGAUGGUUUGAUUUAGAAUAGGUUUCACAAGUUAUUGUGGAAAACGUGUACAAUAGAACAUUUGAAAUUUUUAAGAUGUGAAACAGCAUUUUGUUUUUGUUAUCAGCCUCGUCACAAUAAAAUGUGUAA